AUGAAGAGAGGGAAGAGAAAGUCGCUGUCGCAAGGACGACCACCGACGGUGAAGAAACCGGUGGCUUCUCUGUCGGCCAGAGCGACCAGGAACCUGAUCAGGUCUCACCACCAGCUACAUAAGGCGCGAGCCCGGGCAGCGGCAGAAGGCGACGAUGUGUUGGUCCGGCAGCUGGACGAGGAGAUUGCUGCAAAGGGCGGGCUGAAGAGCUACCAGAUAGCCAGCAAGAAGGGUCAGUCCAAGGAACGAGGAGGUGACUCCAGCCAUGUCCUUCUCCAGUGGCUCGAACCUCUACUCAGCCAGAUACAAGCAGACGGUGGUAGCGAUACCUCUGGCAGGAGAAAGCUUCGUCUGCUCGAAGUCGGCGCACUCAGCAGUAGGAAUGCGUGCUCCAUGGCAAAGGCGCUGGACGUUACGAGGAUAGACCUGCAUUCACAAGAGGCUGGCAUCCUACAGCAGGACUUUAUGGAACGGCCAUUGCCCAGCACGGAAGAAGAGACCUUUCACAUCGUCAGUCUCUCGUUGGUGCUCAAUUAUGUGCCGGAGCCCUUAGGGAGAGGAGAAAUGCUACGCCGGACCGUUCAGUUUCUCACCACGAAUAUCGAUUCUACUACGUCUGCAGGCGAGUUUCUACCGGCUCUGUUUCUCGUCUUGCCUGCCGCCUGUGUGUUGAAUUCGAGGUACUUGACUGAGGGGCGGCUGGACGAUAUCCUUACGUCUCUGGGAUACCAGCUACUGCGGAGAAAGGUCUCUUCAAAGCUCAUCUAUUACCUAUGGAGAUACAGUCAACCCAAGGUCAGGACGAGAGGGGUAGGCUAUGCAAAGGAAAUUAUCAGCCCUGGGCCGGGAAAGAAUAACUUUGCUGUCGUGCUGAAGCCUUCUGGAUGA